AGUUCACCACUGUAGUGAACCCCCUUUGCACCACGGCGGCCAUCUUGACACCAUACAGGGUCCCCUAUGGGGUCUUAUGGGGUCCCUAUGGGGUCCUAUGGGGUCUUAUGGGGUCCUUUGGGCUCCAACUGCAGCCCUUUUCCUACAUAGGACCUAUGGCAGAACCCAACUCACCACUAUAGUGAACUCACUUUGCACCACGGCGGCCAUCUUGGCACCAUAGGGGUCCCUAUGGGGUCUUAUGGGGUCCCUAUGGGGUCUUAUGGGGCCCUAUGGGGUCCUAUGGGGUCUUAUGGGGUCCUAUGGGGUCUUAUGGAGUCCAACUGCAGCCCUUUCCUAUGAGGACCCCAUAAUAGAACCCCACUCACCACUGUAGUGAACCCCCUUUGCACGACGGCGGCCAUCUUGACACCAUACAGGGUCCCUAUGGGGUCUAUGGGGUCCCUAUGGGGUCUUAUGGGGUCCUAUGGGGUCCUUUGGGCUCCAACUGCAGCCCUUUUCCUACAUAGGACCUAUGGCAGAACCCAACUCACCACUAUAGUGAACCCCCUUUGCACGACGGCGGCCAUCUUGACACCAUACUGGGGCCCUAUGGGGUCUAUGGGGUCCCUAUGGGGUCCUAUGGGGUCCCUAUGGGGUCCUAUGGGGUCUUAUGGAGUCCAGCUGCAGCCCUUUCCUAUGAGGACCCCACAGUGGAACCCAACUCACCACUAUGGUGAACUCACUUUGCACGACGGCGGCCAUCUUGGCACCAUAUGGGAUCCCUAUGGGGUCUACGGGGUCCCUAUGGGGUCUUAUGGGGGUCCCUAUGGGGUCCUAUGGGGUCUUAUGGGGUCCUAUGGGGUCUUAUGGAGUCCAACUGCAGCCCUUUCCUAUGAGGACCCCAUAAUAGAACCCCACUCACCACUGUAGUGAACCCCCUUUGCACCACGGCGGCCAUCUUGACACCAUAAUGGGGCCCUAUGGGGUCUAUGGGGUCCCUACAGGGGUCCUAUGGGGUCCCUAUGGGGUCCUAUGGGGUCUUAUGGAGUCCAACUGCAGCCCUUUCCUAUGAGGACCCCAUAAUAGAACCCCACUCACCACUGUAGUGAACUCACUUUGCACCACGGCGGCCAUCUUGACACCAUACUGGGGCCCUAUGGGGUCUAUGGGGUCCCUAUGGGGUCUUAUGGGGUCCUAGGGGUCUUAUGGGGUCCUAUGGGGUCCUAUGGGGUCUUAUGGAGUCCAGCUGCAGCCCUUUCCUAUGAGGACCCCACAGUGGAACCCAACUCACCACUAUGGUGAACUCACUUUGCACGACGGCGGCCAUCUUGACACCAUACUGGGGCCCUAUGGGGUCUAUGGGGUCCCUACAGGGGUCCUAUGGGGUCCUAUAGGGUCUUAUGGGGUCUUAUGGAGUCCAGCUGCAACCCUUUCCUAUGAGGACCCCAUAAUAGAACCCCACUCACCACUGUAGUGAACCCCCUUUGCACGACGGCGGCCAUCUUGGCACCAUAGGGGUCCCUAUGGGGUCUUAUGGGGUCCCUACGGGGUCUUAUGGGAUCCUAUGGGGUCCUAUGGGGUCUUAUGGAGUCCAACUACAGCCCUUUCCUAUGAGGACCCCACACUGAAACCCAACUCACCACUAUGGUGAACUCACUUUGCACAAUGGCGGCCAUCUUGACACCAUACUGGGGCCCUAUGGGGUCUAUGGGGUCCCUAUGGGGUCCUAUGGGGUCUAUGGGGUCCUAUGGGGUCCUAUGGUGUCCUAUGAAAUCUUAUGGGGUCCUAUGGGAUCCUAUGGGGUCCUAUGGGAUCUUAUGGGGUCUUAUGGGGUCCUAUGGGGUCUUAUGGGGUCCUAUGGGAUCUUAUGGGGUCUUAUGGGGUCCUAUGGUGUCCUAUGAAAUCUUAUGGGGUCCUAUGGGGUCCUAUGGGAUCUUAUGGGGUCUUAUGGGGUCCUAUGGGGUCUUAUGGGGUCCUAUGGGAUCUUAUGGGGUCUUAUGGGGUCUUAUGGGGUCUUAUGGGGUCCUAUGGGGUCCUAUGGGGUCUUAUGGGGUCCUAUGGGGUCUUAUGGGGUCUUUUGGAGUCCAGCUGCAGCCCUUUCUUAUAUGGGAUUUAUAGGGGAUCCCAACUCACCACUGUAGUGAACCCCCUUUGCACCACGGCGGCCAUCUUGGCACCAUAUAGGGUCCCUAUGGGGUCUAUGGGGUCCUAUGGGGUCUUAUGGGGUCCUUUGGGCUCCAACUGCAGCCCUUUUCCUACAUAGGACCUAUGGCAGAACCCAACUCACCACUGUAGUGAACUCACUUCGCACCAUGGCGGCCAUCUUGGCACCAUACGGGGGCCCUAUGGGGUCUUAUGGGGUCCCUAUGGGGUCUUAUGGGGCCCUAUGGGGUCUUAUGGGGUCCUAUAGGGUCUUAUGGGGUCUUAUGGAGUCCAGCUGCAGCCCUUUCCUAUGAGGACCCCAUAAUAGAACCCCACUCACCACUGUAGUGAACCCCCUUUGCACGACGGCAGCCAUCUUGACACCAUACAGGGUUCCUAUGGGGUCUAUGGGGUCCCUAUGGGGUCUUAUGGGGUCUUAUGGGGUCCUAUGGGGUCCUAUGGGGUCCUAUGGGAUCUUAUGGGGUCAUAUGGGCUCUUAUGGGUCCUAUGGGGUCUUAUGGGGUCUUUUGGAGUCCAGCUGCAGCCCUUUCUUAUAUGGGAUUUAUAGGGGAUCCCAACUCACCACUGUAGUGAACCCCCUUUGCACAACGGCGGCCAUCUUGGCACCAUAUAGGGGUCCUAUGGGAUCUUAUGGGGUCCUAUGGGGUCCUAUGGGGUCUUAUGGGGUCCUAUGGGGUCCUAUGGGGUCUUAUGGGGUCUUAUGGGAUCUUAUGUGGUCCUAUGGGGUCCUAUGGGGGAUACGGGGUUUCUAUGGGGUUUCUAUGGGGUUUCUAUGGGGGAUGUGGGGUUUGUAUUUGGGAUAUGGGGUUUUUAUGGGGUCUAUGGGAUCUUAUGGGGGAUACGGGGUUCCUAUGGGGGAUAUGGGGAUUUUAUGGGGUAUAUGGGAUCUUAUAGGGGAUAUGGGGUUUCUGUGGGGCAUAUAGGAUCCUAUGGGGGUCCUAUGGGGGAUAUGGGAUCCUAUGGGGUAUAUGGGGUUCCUGUGGGGGAUAUGGGGUUUCUAUGGGGUAUAGGGGGUUUCAAUGGGGUAUAUGGGAUCUUAUAGGAGAUAUGGGGUUUCUAUGGGGGAUAUGGGGUUUCUAUGCGGGAUAUAGGGUUCUUAUGGGGGAUAUGGGGUUUCUGUGGGGUAUAUGGGGUUUCUAUGGGGGAUAUGGGGUUUCUGUGGGGCAUAUGGGAUUCCUAUGGGGUAUAUGGGGUCCCUAUGGGUUAUAUGGGAUUCCUAUGGGGUAUAUGGGAUCCUAUAUGGGGAAUAUGGAGUCCCUAUGGGGUAUAUGGGAUCUUAUGGGGGAUAUGGGGAUCCUAUGGGGGAUAUGGGGAUCCUAUGGGGGAUACUGGGUCUUGUAUGGGGUAUAUGGGAUUCCCAUGGGCUAUAUGGGAUUCCUACGGGGUAUAUGGGAUCCUAUGGGGUAUAUGGGUUCCUAUGGGGGAUAUGGGAUCCUAUGGGGGAUAUUGGGUCCUAUAUGGGGUAUAUGGGAUUCCCAUGGGCUAUAUGGGAUUCCUAUGGGGGAUAUGGGGUCCCUAUGGGUUACAUGGCAUUCCCAUGGUAAAUAUGGGAUUCCUAUGGGGGAUAUGGGAUUCCUAUGGGGUAUAUGGGAUCCUAUGGGGUAUAUGGGAUCCUAUGGGGGAUAUGGGAUCCUAUGGGGGAUAUUGGGUCCUAUAUGGGGUAUAUGGGAUUCCCAUGGGCUAUAUGGGAUCCUAUGGGGGAUAUGGGAUACCUAUGGAGUAUAUGGGAUUCCUAUGGGCUAUAUGGGAUUCCUAUGGGGGAUAUGGGGUCCCUAUGGGGGAUACGGGGUCCCUAUGGGGGAUAUGGGGUCCCUAUGGUAAAUAUGGGAUCCCUAUGGGGUAUAUGGGAUUCCAGUGGGGGAUAUGGGAUCCUAUGGGGGAUAUGGGGAUCCUAUGGGAUAUAUGGGGUUUCUAUGGGGGAUAUGGGGUCCCUAUGGGGGAUGCUGGGUCCUAUAUGGGGUAUAUGGGAUCCCUAUGGACUAUAUGGGAUUCCUAUGGGGGAUCUGGGGUUCCUAUGGUGAAUAUGGGAUUCUAUGGGCUAUAUGGGAUUCCUAUAGGUUAUAUGGGGUCCCUAUGAGGUAUAUGGGAUCCCUAUGGCAAAUAUGGGAUCCUAUGGGGGAUAUGGGGAUCCUAUGGGGGAUAUUGGGUCCUAUAUGGGGUAUAUGGGAUUCCCAUGGACUGUAUGGCAUUCCUAUGGUAAAUAUGGGAUUCCUAUGGGGUUUUUUUUAGGGGGUGACAGAUGCAGCAG